AUGAGCGUCAGUCAGCGAGUAUUUUCCGAUUUUUUCUAUUACAGAUCUGACGUGUAUUUCCCGUCGACAUUUCGUGUCCGUCCAUGUCAUGUUGUGCCGACGUGGCAGAUCCUGCCGGCACCGUCGAAGAAGGGACCAUCCGUGGAGAUCCCAACGCCGCACUGCGGCGUGGUCGACGCGUACGACAAGCUCUACCCGGCGAACUUUCGCCAACCGUCGUCGUACAUUCGCAGCAAGCAUGGUGGGAGAUUCUUGCUUCGUGCUGUCGUGCCGUCGUGCUGUGGUGCUGUUGUGCUAUCGUGCUGCUCUGCUGUCAUGCUGCUUUGCUGUCGUGCUGCUCUGCUGUCAUGCUGCUCUGCUGUCAUUCUGCUCUGCUGUCGUGCUGCUCUGCUGUCAUGCUGCUCUGCUGUCAUGCUGCUCUGCUGUCAUUCUGCUCUGCUGUCAUGCUGCUCUGCUGUCAUGCUGCUCUGCUUGCGGCAGGACGACGGGGUGUACGUGGAGUAUGAUCUGGAUGACGAGGACGAGGACUGGCUGGAGGUGCUCAACCAGAACAGACUGUUGCUCGCUGCAGACAGGCUGGAGUGGAUGAUCUACCAGAUGGAGCUACUGGAUGCGCGGGCGAGGACCAAGGCAGGGACGGCCAUGCUGGCAGGCGUGGAGCAGACAGGUGUAUCUGGGCAGGUGUCAUCUGGGGGAGUGCGAGUGCCCGUCCUGCUGCAGCAGCAACAAGCCAUCGAUGCGUUGAGAGCGCAGGUGCCAAGGCAAGCCAUCAUCGCUGCAGCAUAUGACUAUUGGCGGUCCAAGCGAGAGCGGUGGGGGAAGCCCAUUCUAAGGCGCCUGCAGCCUUCGCCUGCCAUCACAGACACCAACCCGUUCAACGUGUUUCGACCGAGGGAGAGAGCCCACCGCCCCAACACACGCCGGAUGCAGCGGAGGGAGAAUGACAUGGCAUCAUAUGAAAAGCUCAGGGAGGAGAGUAAACGCGAGCUCAUUCUCUGCGAAGUGGCUUUGCAACAAGCAGCGCUCUCAGAGCGGGACAUCACGGUGCAGCAAGCAGAGGCCCUUGGGAUCAUCCCAGACCUCUCCUUUUCGCACGCCAAGCCUUUCCCUGGAUCUGCAUCAGACGACCAGCACCAAAAUCAACAGCAAUACCAACUCUUACCACCUCCUGCCGGCACCACCCUCACCGGCGCCCCUGCUUUUGUCACUCUGGACGGCCUGCCUCCCGCAAAUCACAUUGACAAUAUCCUCUCAGUCACUCGCCGCCGGGGCUCUAAUGCAGCUUAUGACCUGUCCUUGAGUGGUGCUGUAAGGAAGGAUUCAACUGACAACCCUGCUGCUAGAGAGGCCUCCAAUCCCCCAGCAAUAGCAGUUGGAGCAGCAGCUGCUGGGAUUAAUGCUGCUCGUGCUCCUCCUGCCUCCGCUUCUGCUCCUUCCCCAAUGCUGCAAGCAUCUGCACCAAUCAACGGCCCCGUUCCUUCCUCUGUCCCACCCUUCGCUCCUCAAUCAAAGCCCGCUGCUCCUCCUGCAUUCACUGCUGCACCUGCUUCCGCUGUCAACCCCGCUGCUGCACCUGCUUCCGCUUUCAACCCCGCUGCUGCACCUGCUUCUGUUACUGGGACUGCUGAAACUGCUGGGUCCAAACCUGGACCCAACACUGGUGCAGCUGCUGAUGGGGUAGCUGAUAGACGUUCAAACAGUGGAAAGGCUUUUGGGAUCGGCUCCUCUCAACCUGCACUGGGUAGUAAUGCAGCGGGUGUAGGAGCAGCAAGGGGUGGAGCGGGUGUCGGAGGGGUGCAGAGCGGUGUGAGGGUUGUGGGAGGAGUAAGAGGUGGAGAGGGGGGUGUAGGAGUUGCGCGGGGUGGGGUGAGUACAGGAGCGGUUAGGGACGGUGCUGCUGGGUUAAAAGCUCCAGUCUCAGGGGUGUCAGGUGUGGCUUCACCUUACAUGCCACCGAAGCAGCGAUAUCAUGUGCAGCGGGCAGAUAAAAAUGUGUGA